AAAUUGCUUUUGUUUCAUCUAGACAUCUAAAUACUGUGAAAAAGAUGGAGAAGAGUGGUGAAGAAUGAGUACUAAUAAUUGCUACAUCUAUGCCUUUCACAUUUUCUUUCUAAUUUAAGGAGCUCAAGUGACUCCACUGAAACUCUGGCAUAUAUCACAGACAAAAUUGGGUCAGAAGAGAACACAGAGGUACUGAACUGAAAAGAGAUAAAUUCAUCUUUAGAAGAAAAAAGGAAGUCUCAAACUGCAAACUUAGGUUUAAUUUGUCUCCUCCACGUAAGUUGCAGAGAAUUUAUUGAUCCGUUGGGCUUUCUGUCUUUCUGAGAAAGGCCUAUUUGGAAAAUUACCUCUAACUAUUUUUAAAUGUCAAAAUAUACACCUAGAUGAAGACAAAUUUCUUGCACUCAGGCACUGAUACAUAUCUCUGGAGAAUACUUUCAGGCAGCCUGAAUAGCUGUUUCAUGCAAAAUUUCCUUAUGUGCUGUCUCCGAGAAUCUUCUGACAAAUAGCUGUGGAUCCCCAGGCCAUAUAGAUACUUUCUUGAAAUUGUGAUUAAAAUAUCUUAUGUCCCGGUGAGACAUAAGAUUGGAGAGAUGUGUUUUUUCCUUCAGUCUCAGCACCUCCUGUUACUCAGCUAAUUCAUCAACAACUUUGGAAAGUUUGAUGGCAAACAUAUCGAGUUUCUUCAAAAAAUGUGAUGACUGGGAACAAGGAAAAACAGUGGGAAGGGGAUGAGCCUGAAGAGCUAAUGCUGCUGUUGAGGUAAAACAUUUUCUGUGGUCACUGGCAUCACGCACAUCUUGUCAGCACCUAGCAGAUAAGAAAAAAAGAAAGCAUCUCAACUUUGACUUUGCCAGCUACUAAUCUUGCUUGCCAAGUUCCCCUCUUUUCUUGACUCCUAGGUUUAUUUUCAAUGAGAUUAAACUAUACUCGCUUUUCCCAUUCUUUAGAAGAAAACUUUAGAAGCCAUUCUUUAGAAGCCAAACUCCUGGAUUUUCAGCUGUGUAGAUGGGUCUGUGAUGGGGAAGUAUGAAAUCCCCUUUUUUAAAUAGAAGUUUGAGACAAAAAAUCCUGCUCAUUGUAUGUUUUUUCCACUCUGGAAAUUAUUAUUAAUUUCUUGGAAGUAAUAUGUCUAAGUGGAGCAUGAGAUCUCCUGAAGAGAGCACAGAAUUUAGUUUCCUUGGACACCAUCAACAGCAGUGCUUUUGAUGACAAGUGCCAACAGCGGCAGCAGAGUUCUUGUCCCAGAAAGGGAAUAUGUGUAGUGGCAGGUGUACAGAUUGACAUUUACUAGUUUUGCACCGGCAUUCAGUUUUUGGCUUCUGUUCAGUUUGAGCUGCUACAACAUCACUGCUUCAACUGCUGCUUAGCCAGAAACUGUUCCAGAUUUAAAUGCUGGUUUUCAACUGAAGAGAAACGUGUCUAUGUUCUCAAUCCAAGUGCUUCCACCUGCCUUUACCUAAGAUUAUUCCAGACGGAUCUAACAACGCAGUCUGGGCUCCGUGCCAAAGGCUGGUAUUUCACAGCAGCGACCGCCUUACAGAUGAGCUGUGGGAAGCAGGAGGGAGACUCUCUUAGGGUGCCACUACUAUGGAGACACAGCUGGGCUGAACAAGAUUUGCUUCAAACGACAACAAGAGAGACAGAAAGAGUCUGGUUCGACCGCUGCCCAAGCAGGCAGUAACCAGAAGAGCUAGCAGCCAAUCCGGCCAUGCUGCACUGUUCGAAACCAGCUCUACAUCCCAGCCAAUCAGUGACAUCACUGGACUGGAACGAAACGUUUUCCAUAGAUGUCAGCUUCUGUCUGCUGUGAUGCUCCAGUCUGAGUGCUGCCUCGUUCAGCACUGAUUAGUACUGGCAAAGGAGAGCAGCUUCUCAGAAUGAGAUCUCCGAUGUCCCCCUACAGUCUGCAGUCGCACGGCUGGUGGUGUGGCACAGACGGAGCAAGGGUUACAUCAAGGCUGUUCUCUGGACCGUGCAAACAGUCUAGACCAAUGACCUGCAGCAUCGUGCCCUUUGAAGAAGAGGCAAGUUCAGUCACGACGAAGAAAAAUCAAGGCGUACCCCUUUUAACAAUAGGGAGCAGCUCGUGGCUGCAAAGAGAUGCACAGAUGCCAUUCCAUCUCACAGCAGGACUGUGUUUGCUGCUCCACAAGCUGCAGGUUUCUUUUACAAUGUGUUCUGCUCUGGCCACUGAAUUUUGUUUAUCUAACCAGCUGAACGGCUUCCCGAAGAGCUCUGAGUUUUCUAUGCCAGAUUCUGCUCCAGUGGCUAGGACCUUUAUGGCUGCUGUUUCUUUUGCUCUGGGAUCUGAUGGAGAAAAAAAAAAAAGCCACGAUGGAUCCUGUCCCUAAAGUAGAAAUUUUCUUUUUCAUUCUGCAAAAAAGGCUAAAGAUCGGAGGAGAAUGAAUGCAAAAGUAAUUCAGGAUUGUGGUCGUGCCAUUAAAAGUGUUCGGCUUCAGAACAAAAUUAUUUGGGAAAUCCGAGCAAUUCUUCUUACUGUAUCAACAGUAUUUGAAAGUUAUGUGUGCUUUGAGUAAUCUGGUUCAAGUGACAACAAUAUCUGCAUGUCAAUGUUUUCUGCAGCUUAUGGAGUGAAGGCUAGUUUUGCCAUUGGAAAGGAAGAAGCUUUUUCUAGCAGUCUGUAGAAGGAUUAAAUGUUGAACGUGGGGAAGAGGCAAAAAGUGAAUACACGCCCAAAGGUUAUCCUUGCAUCGUGAAUGGGUUUAAAGUAGUCUGUAACCCAGGGCCCACCUGAACAGUAGGAUACCGGGGAAAUAUUUCAAUUAGAACCCCCUUAACAAGCAUUUAAUCCUUCUUUCAGGCAUUAAGGAAAUAGAAUAAAACUGUUACUGUACAAAUCUGCUGGAAGCAGAUUUUAACCCAUUUGUAGACGCUUCCCUCUGAUGCAUUAUAGUAACAUAGUUACUUGUGAGACAAGGCAGUGAAGAUUUUUAUCCUGUGUUCUUUGUUUCUUCUUUUCAAAAGUUAAGGACCAUACUCUCAGAAAAGUCUGUUCGGUCAGCUGAUACAUUGUUUGAAUGUAUGUAUGCGUCUUGCCUGCUUAUUUGAUCUUUUCUGGCCCCUACUUGAAACUGUGGUUUGUUUAUUUGGGGGGAAGGAGGUGGUGUUGAUUUGGUGGGGGAAUGGGACACUGAUUUUAGGGUUUCUUUUGGGUUUGGGGUUUUUUUCUAUUUAACAAUAGCAGUGAAAAUUUUGGUGACAGCGAUUAUGACUACUAAACAAUUCAGUUUAUUGGAAGACGAAUUCUUCUGGAUCAUAUCGGACUUUUCCUAGUCCCUGAGACCCUAACUUGUGAGGUUUUUUAGCAACAAUCACAAGUCAGGCUCUUGGGACCUAGGCGGAGGGGAACCAGCAGCUUUGGACUGUGUUUGUUUCUCUGCAGAAUUUAGAGAACCAAAGGAGCUUUCCUUGCCUGGAAGGGUAAAAAGGAAAAUAUACCUAUUUUAAAUGUUAAGCAUCAGAACUGUUCCUAAAAAAAAAGAAAAAAAAAAGAAAAAAAAAAUCCAAACAACUGUUACUCAUUGUGCAGCAUAAGGAUGUUACAUAUUUAUAUGUUUAGAAAACUGGACUAGAUGUCAUGUAACAUUUAGAAUUAUAAUUUAACCUGAAUGUUAGUUUGUACGUAAAAAUUCCCCCAAACAACAAAACCAAAAAAACUCCCACUCAAAACAGAUACUAAAAUACUUCCAACCAUAAUAUUAAUACUAUUAUUAUUAUUAUUAUUGUAGACAAUUCUGAUAAAUAAUUACCACAAAGUGUAUACUCAUCCUUACUGUUAAAGCAUUAAUUAACUUUUAAAAUAUAAAACAUAAAUACUGAUGUUUGAGGCCUAGAAAACAUUCAUUCUAUUGUUUGAAUAAUGAUUUCAGUCUACAGGAAAACUGUUGCUUAGCUUUUCCUGUAACAUGGAACAAAGAGUAUUUUGUAUUUAGUUGCCAUCCUUUUUCUUUGUCCAAGUGAGAACACAAUAUGUCAUUUAAAAUAUUCUCUCAUUUAAUUUACAUUUUAAUCUGAAAGAGAGUAUUGGUUUAAAAAUCAUACUACAGUAUUAACAUCCCUUUACACUCAGAAAUGUAUUUCUUGUCCCUGCUCAAUUUAAAGCGAACCCACAAUACUCUAAGCACUGGACGCAACUUGUAAUUUCCCCAUCACUUCUUAUAUUUUUUAUCCCUCUGAAAAAAAACAGUGUGAGCUAUAACUUGUCCCUCAUGUGUUAAGUUCUACACUGACUUUGCAUAAGGAGAUUCACAAGCACAUGAGUUAUUCUGCACUGCUUAUUUGUCUCAAACAUCUGAUCUAAAACACGUCAUCUGAUUUGUAUUUCUUAAUAUUUUAUAGGUGAGUUAGUUCUGAGUCAUUUUUCUCUGUUUCCUGUGUCUAACCAAGAUGCUGAAGGACUUUGUUGAUACAUCAGACUUCACUGAAACAAAGGCUUCACACAGAUCAGGCAUCUAAACUAUUUGUUCAUUUCAAAAGUGGUAUUUUGGUUGCAGUAUAUUUUUUCCACUUGUGUGGGAGGAAUUGUGUUUUAUUGUAAGCAUCAACACUAUUGUUAAAAUAAAUUGCUCUUAUCUGUUAGUAUAA